AUGGCGGAUGAUAGGAGUUUGGUCGUCAAGGCCGUUCCUGCGGUCUUUUUGACCAUCGCUUGUCUGACGGUCAUUCUACGUUGCUAUGUUCGCAUUUCCAUUGUCAAAGCAUUUGGGGUGGAUGAUGGAGCUAUGGUGUUGUCAAUGUUGUGUUACAUUAUGUUCUGCGCCUGCAUGAUUGGAGGUGCGCUAUACGGCACUGGUAGGAGAUUUGCUGAUUUGACAGCUGCUCAACGAAUGACUGCGAUGGAGUACUGGUGGCUCUGCGAAAUAGCCUACUGCUUCUCAUCACUCUUCUGCAAAAUCUCCAUCUGCUUCUUUCUGAUGCGCAUCACAAUUCUCAGAACUCACAUCUAUCUCCUAUACACCGUCAUGAUAUUGACAGUCAUCGGAGGACUCAUUUUCAUGUUUCUGAUGCUCUUACAAUGCAAGCCCAUCUCGUACUUCUGGACUCGCACUACCUUGGAUCCAGCCUAUCAAGGUGAUUGCAUCAGUAUCGACAUUAUUAUCAACAUGACCUAUGUCUAUAGCGCGUUAGCGGCGGUUUGCGAUUUUACCGUGGGUAUUAUACCCGUCUUUUUGGUGAAGAAUUUGAAUAUGCGAAAGGAGACCAGGCUUGCUGUUAUGGGUAUCCUUAGUAUGGCUUGCGUUGCCAGUUUAGCUGUCAUCGUUCGUAUACCGUUUGUUACAACGUUCAAGGACCCUGACUUCCUCUACGCUACCGUCGAUAUCGCAAUCUGGUCGUGCGUCGAGAACGGCCUGGGUAUCUCAGCCGCAUGUCUCGCAACUCUCCGUCCUCUCCUACGCCAAAUUCGCGGCUCUUCCAAGAGUGGACCUUAUUCACUGUCAUCCCGUAUGAAUUCCAGUGCGAAUCCCGGACCUCAUCGAACUUGGAAUAACCCUGCUAGCCGAGGUUUGUCGUUGGGGUCUAUUGAUCGUAAACCGAGGCAGGGUGACUUGCGACCAGAUAAGUCUGCUGUUAUUGUGACCAGAAUUCACAGUGAACCAGAGGAGAGAGGGACUCGUGCGAAUAAUGGUAGUGAGGAGCAUUUGAAUCACGGGCGGUCGUCUGGUGAAAAGGAAUACCAGGUGCUGGAAGUCCAUCAAACAUUUGAGAUUAUGACGGCAUCGACCUCUGUGCCGAAUGAUGAGAGAGUGCCGCGUGAACAUGUUUGA